AUGCAUAGUGUCUUUGGGAAGCCCCAGGGCACAGUGGCCAGGGUUCACAUUGGCCAGGUCAUCAUGUCCAUCCGCACUAAGCUGCAGAAUAAGGAACAUGUGAUUGAGGCUCUUCGUAGAGCCAAGUUCAAGUUCCCUGGCCACCAGAAGAUCCACAUCUCAAAGAAAUGGGGCUUUACUAAGUUUAAUGCAGAUGAAUUUGAAGACAUGGUUGCUGAGAAGCGACUCAUUCCUGAUGGCUGUGGGGUCAAAUAUAUUCCUAAUCGUGGUCCCCUGGACAAGUGGCGAGCCCUACACUCCUGAGGG